UGUCUCUGCCCCUCCCACAAUGGGGAGAUCUGGGGACAGAGACACCUUCUCCUCUGAGGACAGAGACUCCAUCACCACUGGGGACAGAGACCCCAUCACCCCUGGGGACAGAGACCCCAUCACCCCUGGGGACAGAGACUCCAUCACCCCCGGGGACAGAGACUCCAUCACCCCUGGGGACAGAGACACCUUCUCCUCUGAGGACAGAGACUCCAUCACCACUGGGGACAGAGAUUCCAUCACCACUGGGGACAGAGACCCCAUCACCUCUGGGGACAGAGACUCCAUCACCCCUGGGGACAGAGACACCUUCUCCUCUGGGGACAGAGACUCCAUCACCACUGGGGACAGAGAUUCCAUCACCCCUGGGGACAGAGACUCCAUCACCUCUGGGGACAGAGACACCUUCUUCUCUGGGGACAGGGACACCUUCUCCUCUGGGGACAGAGACUCCAUCACCUCUGGGGACAGAGACACCUUCUCCUCUGGGGACAGAGACUCCAUCACCUCUGGGGACAGAGACUCAAUCACCCCUGGGGACAGAGACUCCAUCACCUCUGGGGACAGAGACUCCAUCAACACUAGGGACAGAGACUCCAUCACCACUGGGGACAGAGACUCCAUCACCCCUGGGGACAGAGACUCCAUCACCCCUGGGGACAGAGACUCCAUCACCCCUGGGGACAGAGACACCUUCUUCUCUGGGGACAGGGACACCUCCUCUGGGGACAGAGACUCCAUCACCACUGGGAACAGAGAUUCCAUCACCCCUGGGGACAGAGACUCCAUCACCUCUGGGGACAGAGACUCCAUCACCACUGGGGACAGAGACUCCAUCACCCCUGGGGACAGAGACACCUUCUCCUCUGGGGACAGAGACUCCAUCACCUCUGGGGACAGGGACACCUUCUCCUCUGGGGACAGGGACACCUUCUCCUCUGGGGACAGAGACUCCAUCACCACUGGGAACAGAGAUUCCAUCACCCCUGGGGACAGAGACACCUUCUCCUCUGGGGACAGAGACUCAAUCACCACUGGGCACAGAGACUCCAUCACCACUAGGGACAGAGACUCCAUCACCACUGGGGACAGAGACUCCAUCACCUCUGGGGACAGAGACACCUUCUUCUCUGGGGACAGGGACACCUUCUCCUCUGGGGACAGAGACUCCAUCACCUCUGGGGACAGAGACACCUUCUCCUCUGGGGACAGAGACUCCAUCACCUCUGGGGACAGAGACACCUUCUCCUCUGGGGACAGAGACUCCAUCACCACUGGGGACAGAGACUCCAUCACCCCUGGGGACAGAGACACCUUCUCCUCUGGGGACAGAGACUCCAUCACCUCUGGGGACAGGGACACCUUCUCCUCUGGGGACAGAGACUCCAUCACCUCUGGGGACAGAGACACCUUCUCCUCUGGGGACAGAGACUCCAUCACCUCUGGGGACAGAGACCCCAUCACCUCUGGGGACAGGGACACCUUCUCCUCUGGGGACAGAGACUCAAUCACCCCUGGGGACAGAGACUCAAUCACCCCUGGGGACAGAGACUCCAUCACCCCUGGGGACAGAGACUCCAUCACCCCUGGGGACAGAGACACCUUCUUCUCUGGGGACAGAGACUCAAUCACCCCUGGGGACAGAGACUCCAUCACCUCUGGGGACAGAGACUCCAUCACCACUAGGGACAGAGACUCCAUCACCCCUGGGGACAGAGACUCCAUCACCCCUGGGGACAGAGACACCUUCUUCUCUGGGGACAGGGACACCUUCUCCUCUGGGGACAGAGACUCCAUCACCACUGGGAACAGAGAUUCCAUCACCCCUGGGGACAGAGACACCUUCUCCUCUGGGGACAGAGACUCAAUCACCACUGGGCACAGAGACUCCAUCACCACUAGGGACAGAGACUCCAUCACCACUGGGGACAGAGACUCCAUCACCUCUGGGGACAGAGACACCUUCUUCUCUGGGGACAGGGACACCUUCUCCUCUGGGGACAGAGACUCCAUCACCUCUGGGGACAGAGACACCUUCUCCUCUGGGGACAGAGACUCCAUCACCACUGGGGACAGAGACUCCAUCACCUCUGGGGAUAGAGACUCCAUCACCUCUGGGGACAGAGACACCUUCUCCUCUGGGGACAGAGACUCCAUCACCUCUGGGGAUAGAGACUCCAUCACCUCUGGGGACAGAGACCUCACCUACAGACCAUGCUGGCUGGCAGUGCCAGGAUGGGGGAGGGGCAGUGAACUGGUUUUGUAUUAGUGAGGGGAUCCUGAACUGUUGCUAUUAUUAUGUGAGGAUUAUUAUUAUCAGGUGAAUGUCGCUCUCCAUACAUUGAAUCCGCCGGCCCUUACAUGGGAAAGGUCCCUGCCCCCGCCAUACAAUAUAUAUAAAAUCAUUUUAUAGCAUGUGCUCCCCUGAAGCGCUCCGCGGGCUCACACUCCUCUCAUGAGGACUAAUGAAGGGGUCCUGCGUGUCCCCCAAACAUCGUACUGAUCGUCAUGUGAUCGCUCCAAUAAAUGAUAUAUAUACACGG